CCGGCAAGGCCGGUGACGAGGCCGGCCACCUCAGCCAUCUUCGAAAACAAUUGCGAGUCUGGAAGGCGGACAGAGACGACAUUGAUACGCAAGCCCCCACAUCGAGCUGAAACACCAAGGCGCGUAACGAAACAGGCUGAUUCGCCAGCGAGUAGGCCGUCGCAAUCCAUCGAAAUCGCAGGGUAAUUGCACCAUUUCAACAUCACUUUAUCGGAUUGCCUUUGCCCAUCAUGAGUAUCAUUCGACUCUUUCUUCUACGGGUCCAUGUGUAGCCGUGACCCCAGUUUUCGUCUCUGAGGGCUCGCUCGUCCUUGAACAAAGAGUGAAAUUUCAACCUAAUGCCGAACCAGCAGUUGGUUAAACCCGAUGACCCCGUGAGCCCCGCAGAACAGCCGACAUCAACCAGGAACAACGCCGGAAAAAUAAUCUCUCAAGACCAAGCGGCUGUCCAUGUCGGAAAUGUCUACAAUUACGGCUCUCGAUCACAGCCAUGCGCUGCCCGUCCCCCGCCCUGCCGCGUAAUACCCUUCCCCCGCAACGAGGACGUGAUUGACCGCCUCGACCUCUUGCUGGACCUCGAGAGGCUGUUUCUCCCUGGCCCGGACUACCAGAGCGCCGCACUCUGGGGCCUGGGCGGGUCUGGUAAAACCCAGAUCGCCCUCCAAUACGCUUACCGCCGAUCUAAUGACGUGGCCUGCUCCGUUUUCUGGGUACACGCCGACAACGAGGCCGCGUUUGCUCAGGACUACAAGUUGAUUGCGAAGAAGCUAGGCCUGCCGAAUGCUCUGGACGAUGAGGAGCUGCUGACGGCGGUUCGCGCGCGGAUCGAGAGCGACCCGUGUUGGGUCCUUGUCCUCGACAAUGCGGACAACCUUGGCCUGUUUGGCGUCGGUCAGACAGGAUCUCUGGUCCAGAGGAGAGGGCAACGGCCCAGCCUCGACAGAUUUGUUCCGCGGGGGCCCGGUGGGACGGUGUUAUGGACGAGUCGUGACAAGCGGAUUGCCGGCAGUCUUGUCGGGGCUCGGCGGGCGAUCGAGGUAGCGUGCAUGACCGCGGACGAGGCCAAGAUGCUGCUCGAGACUGCGCGAAACGAAAAGAUCGGCGACGAGGAGGAGGAAGACGCUAUGGUGCUGCUCAACGAACUUGGGCGGCUGCCACUCGCCAUAUCGCAGGCUGGGACAUAUAUGCUGAGAACGUCGAAACCGAUCGAGAAAUAUCUGUCCGAGUUGAAAAACUGCACAAAAAGAUGGGAGGUUCUUCAGACGUCGGAGUUUGACCGGCAUCGAAGGCCUCACGUCUCAAACAGCGUACUGGAGACGUGGAACAUCUCCAUCGAGCUUAUUCGGCAGGCGGACAAGACGGCAUAUAAUAUCUUGCAUACCCUGGCCUUUCUGGAUAACCAAAACAUACCGUUCGAGAUGAUCGCCCAGGCAGCCAUAUUCAGCGGGAAACCGAGAACCCCGAUCGAGAGGCUCAGAAGACUCACCGCAUUUUGUACUAAGCCGAGGGACAGAGCAUGUGGGAACAAAGAUGGAGAUGCCAAUGCCAUACAGGCAAUCACCCUGCUUCGACAGUUUUCAUUCCUAAGCCAACGUGUGUCAAAAGCGGAGAGCCAGGCCUAUGAGAUGCACAAGCUGGUACAAGAGGCUGCGCGGUAUAAUCUCAGCACGAGAGGGGGCCAGAAAGAGGACAUGGCAUUUUUCUCCAGGGCGGCACUCCAGGCUAUGGGACACCUAUUGUUCAAGCCUUCCUUGAGUUGUAGAGCCUAUGGGAGAAAUACCUUGAACAUGCACAUCAAGUGUGUGAGUGGACAGAAAUAUGUGAAGGGGAGGAGGAGGCCGCAGGGCUUUUAACCAAAAUGUCGACGUGUUUGUACGAGUUGGGGAGGUGGAGGGAGAUUGUAUGAGAGAGCAUACAAGCUUCGCAAGAAGACGCUUGGCGAUGGGCAUCCCGAACCUCUCAAAGGUUUGUAUUAUCCUGCUCUUUGCUGGCAUUCCUUGUUCCGGCGAGGUGAGGCCGUGGCCUUGAUGGAGGACCGCUACCAGCGGGAAUGUGAUGUUUUAGGACAGAGUCAUCUAAAUAUUUUGGAAGGAAGGAGAAGCUUGAGUCAACUAGGGUACUGUCUACUAUUUCAAACUAGCUGCUGAAACGGCAAGAAUUAGGAG